CUAAAUAGGUAUUGAAACUCUUUGCAAUUACCCGUAUCUCAUAACAACAGCAAUGGCUCUCUCUCGCAAUCUCAUUAUCCUUUGUUCCCUUCUCUUCUUCAUUUCCCCUUGUAUUUCCCAAACAUCAUUCAGGCCAAAAGCACUGCUUCUUCCCGUAACUAAAGACCCUUCAACUCUUUUGUACUUUACCCAAUUCAACCAAAGAACUCCUCUUGUGCCUGUACAUACAAUUCUUGAUCUUGGUGGUCUCUAUCUUUGGGUUGAUUGUGACAGAGGCUACGUCUCUUCCACAUAUAGACCCGCACGUUGCAACUCAGCCCAAUGCAACCUUGCCAAUGCAAAUGGCUGUAUCACUGCCUGCUUUGAUGCUCCAAGGCCAGGUUGCAACAACAACACAUGUGCUUUGCUUGUUGACAACACGGUAACAAAUAUUGGUACUGACGGUGAGCUUGGUCAGGAUGUUGUCUCACUCCAAUCAACUGAUGGAUCCAAUCCUGGCAGAGUCGUUUCAGUUUCUAAUUUUCUUUUCGUAUGUGCUCCUUCAUUUAUCUUGAAUGGUCUUCCAAGUGGUACUGAAGGUAUGGCUGGUCUUGGAAGGACUAAAGUUUCCCUCCCUUCUCAAUUUGCUGCUGCUUUUAGCUUUAACAGGAAGUUUGCCAUUUGUUUAAGCUCUUCUAAAGGUGUUGUGUUCUUUGGUAAGGAGCCUUAUAUUAUUCAACCAAAUAUCGAUGUCUCGAAAAUUCUCACUUACACUCCAUUAAUAAUCAACCCAGUAAGUACAGCAGCUGCUUUUGUUCAAGGUGAUCCUUCUUCUGAUUACUUCAUUGGCGUUAAGUCCAUCAACAUCAAUGGAAAACCUGUUCCAUUGAAUACGACAUUGCUAUCAAUCAACAGUCAGACAGGUUUCGGUGGAACCAUGAUUAGCACUGUAGUUCCUUACACUGUAAUGGAAACUACAAUCUACAAUGCUUUCGUUAAUGCUUUUGUUAAAGAACUUGUUGAUGUUCCUAGAGUGGCAUCUGUGGCACCUUUUGGGGCUUGCUUUGACGCGAGCAAGAUUGUUGGCACUCGCCUCGGGGCAGCGGUGCCUUCUAUUGAUCUUGUGUUGCAGAGCAGCAAUGUAUUUUGGAGGAUUGUCGGUGCAAACUCAAUGGUGCAAGUUAAUGAAGAUGUGCUAUGUCUUGGGUUCGUGGAUGGUGGUGAAAAUCCAAGGACUUCAAUUGUUAUUGGCGGGCAUCAAUUGGAGGAUAAUCUGUUACAGUUUGAUCUUGCUACUUCAAGACUUGGGUUCAGUUCUUCAUUGUUUUCCAGACAAACUACCUGUGCCAACUUCGACUUCACCCCUAAAGCUUAGAUGAUCAGAUGUAAAUGCCCAUUAAUAUUUUUAUUUUAUUUUUGCAUGCUGUAUUAUUACUGUUUGUUGUAAGUUUUUAUAUUUGAUUGCAGAAUAAUGGCCAUGCAUCAUUCCUAGAGCUGGCCUCACCAAUUAAUGUCAUG